AUGAAAAUGUCAGUAACUCUUCGUCAGCAUUUCUGGAAAACUAAGUUAUGCCCUCUAUAUGCGGAAAAUAAAUGUAAAGAGGGUGAUAAUUGUGACUAUGCUCAUUCUAUUGAAGAUUUAAGAUCAAUUCCAGAUUUAAAAAGAACUAAGCUUUGUUAUAAGUUAUUGAAAGGUGAAAAGUGCUUUAAUAAAAAAUGCAAUUAUGCUCAUAACCAGGAUGAAUUAAAAUCAGCACAAAAUUUAUUUGCUUAUAAGUCUUCCAUGUGUAAAUUUAUAGAAAAUAAAGCAUGCUUAAAUGGAUCUACAUGCAGGUUUGCUCAUAACAUAGAUGAAUUAAGAGUUCCAAGAAUUCCAGAAAUUUUAUUAGAAAAAGGUAGCACUGAAAUAGAUGGAAAAAACGACGCACCAUAUUAUUUGGAUGAUAAUAAUAAUACAAAUGAAAAAAUUAACAAUGAAAUAAUAGCAAAUGGAGAAUCUAACAUUGAUAAUUGCUACAAAAUUGGAAACAUACAUAAUAACGGAAAUAUUAACAAGGAAACCAACAUCAAUUGCAACAUAACUGGAAACAACAAUUGUAAUAUGCAUAUUAAUAGAAAUAAUAACAACAUUUGUAGCAUGGAUGUCAACAGAAAUAAUUAUCAACGUAUUAAUAGUGACAGAAACAUUAAUAAUGGGAAUUUUAAUAAUAAUUUUAAUAUGCUACUGAAUAAUUUCAACGCAAUGCACAUAAAGACCAAUGGUGAACAGAUUUACAAUAAUCAAAAUUUCUUAAAUAAGUACAACAACAAUAAUAUUAGCAAUAACAAUAAUAUUAACAAUAACAAUAUGAACAAUAACAAUAUGAGCAAUAACAAUAUGAACAAUAACAAUAUGAGCAAUAACAAUAUGAGCAAUAACAAUAUGAGCAAUAACAAUAUGAGCAAUAACAAUAUGAACAAUAACUACCAUAUGUACAAAAAUAAUGCGAUGAAUAGCAAAAGAGACGACAGAAAAAGAAGAGAUAAAAAUAGAAACAGGAAUAAGGACAAACAAAUAAAACAAAAAAAAAACAAUCAUAAUAAAAAUUAUGAAAAUUAUGGUAAUAAUGAAGACAAUGUUAUAAAUAACCACGUAGCACAGUCUAUUAAAAAAAAAGAAGAAGGCAAUGACUUUUAUGAUAGUAACACGACAAUACCAUCAAGUUUAAAUUUUGAAGAAGAAAGCGAUAAAAAUAAAAUAAAUGAAGCUUAUGUAAGUAAUAAUUUUGAAGAAGUAGACAUAAAUCAAUGUUGUGAAAAAAUAGAAGAAAAUACAUCUGUAGAAUCAAACAAAAAUAUAAACGACAAUUAUAAUGAUAGAAGUACUUAUGAAAAUUGUAAUAAAGUUGCAUAUAGUAAUGACAAGGAAAAAAGUUUGAACAAAAAUAAAAAUAAAAAAAAAAAUAUGAAUAAAAAUGAAGACAAUAAAAAAAAUAACACAAAUUGUAUAAAUAACAAUGAACAAUGUAUAAAUGGUCUAGAAGGGCAAUAUAAUUAUAUGGACUAUAAUAAUUAUAAUUAUUUAAAUCAUUUAUUUUAUAACAAAAUGAUGCAAAUGAAGUUUAAUCCAUCCAUGCAAUAUAUGAAUUAUCAACAAAUAAAUAAUAUUGAGGGUCAAAAUGAUGCUUCAAUGCCUAAUAACUAUUCAAAGUUUAUUAAACCAAAUGAAUGUGGUUUAUAUGAUCAUCAAAACAAUAUGCCAUAUAUGGUUGCUCCAAAUUAUUAUCCGCAUUAUUUAUACUAUUAUACAAACCCAUGUAAUUAUAACCAAUGUGUAAUUCCUGACAAAAUAAUAAACAAUAAUAAUGAUAAAAAUAUAAAUGAUAAGAGCCCCUUAAAAAAAAAUAACCCUUCAACAAGUGAUACUGAAAUUUGCCAAAGUGAUCAUGACGAUAAUGAGGAGGAGGAAAUAGUAGUUAAUCAAAUAAACUUUGAAAAAGACGAAGAAAGUGAAGAAGCAAAUUGUGAAAAAGAAAAGUUAACAAACAAUGACAAGAUUUGUGAUGAAAUUGAUGAUAAAAUAAAUGAAGAAGAAAUAAGUAAAAAUAAUGAUAUAUAUAAUAAUCAUAAAUCCAAAAGUGAUGUUAACGUUGAUAAUAGUAUUACAGAAUUAACCAAUAAGAGAGAUUGCAUUGAAAAAGAAAAUAAAUAUAGUUGCAUAAAAAAAAACACACAUAGCAAUAAUAAUGAUAACAUAAUAAGGAUAGAAGCCAAGCUAAAUGAUCAAAAAAGUGAAAAUGUUUAUGACGAAACUGCAAAACUGAAAAUUAUAAAAAAUCAAAAAACCGAAAAAUAUAGACACCAAAAAACAAAGCGAUCAAAAUUGGUUCCAUUAAACAAAAAUGGAAAAAAAAAAUUUAACAAAGAACUGCAUAUGAAUAAGGAUGAACACUUUAACAAGCAAAAAGAGGGCAAUAUGGAAGCAGCAAAAUUAGUAAAUGAUAAUGUUUUAAAUGAACAAAAUAGGAAUUGUAUAAAAACGCAAUCGACAUCAUCUUCAGUAUAUAGUUAUAUGGUUAAUGCGAAUAAUAUGCAAAACAUGAAUUAUGAUAAGAAUUUGAUUAAUCCUUCAGUACCUUCAAUGGAAAUGUAUCAUAACAAUCCAUGUCAUAUGAAUGAAUUAAAUAAUGAACAAAUGAUUUAUAAUUUAAAUAAUAGAAACAUUGGCUAUUAUUAUUAUCCUUAUAUACCCACAACAUAUAAUGAUGAAGUAUAUCUAAAUUAA